GCUUCUACAAGUACAUUCCUUCCUAGGCCAAACACUAACGCUAAGAAAUACGAGAACAGAUCAUCGCUAAACAGCAGCUGAAGGUCAGGUGAACUGCACGUGAUCAGCUGGGCGUCUAUACCCGCAGCCGUCUUCUGCCUCCGCCUCACCCUCAGGCCUGACGGUCGGAGUGGAGCUGCUGGACAGCCCGAGGCUCCGGGUCAGCACCGCGGCCCUCCAUGGCGCUGCUGCGCGCGCUCGUCUGCUGCCUGCUGACUGCCUGGCACUGCCGCUCCGGCCUCGGGCUGCCCGUGGCGCCCGCAGGCGGCAGGAAUCCUCCUCCGGGGAUAGGACAGUUUUGGCAUGUGACUGACUUACACUUAGACCCUACUUACCACAUCACAGAUGACCACACAAAAGUGUGCGCUUCAUCUAAAGGUGCAAAUGCCUCCAACCCUGGCCCUUUUGGAGAUGUUCUGUGUGAUUCUCCAUAUCAACUUAUUUUGUCAGCAUUUGAUUUUAUUAAAAAUUCUGGACAAGAAGCAUCUUUCAUGAUAUGGACAGGGGAUAGCCCACCUCAUGUUCCUGUACCUGAACUCUCAACAGACACUGUUAUAAAUGUGAUCACUAAUAUGACAACCACCAUCCAGAGUCUCUUCCCAAAUCUCCAGGUUUUCCCUGCACUGGGUAAUCAUGACUAUUGGCCACAGGAUCAACUGCCUGUAGUCACCAGUAAAGUGUACAAUGCAGUAGCAAACCUCUGGAAACCAUGGCUAGAUGAAGAAGCUAUUAGUACUUUAAGGAAAGGUGGUUUUUAUUCACAGAAAGUUACAAGUAAUCCAAACCUUAGGAUCAUCAGUCUAAACACAAACUUGUACUACGGCCCAAAUAUAAUGACACUGAACAAGACUGACCCGGCCAACCAGUUUGAAUGGCUAGAAAGUACAUUGAACAGCUCUCAGCAGAAUAAGGAGAAGGUGUAUAUCAUAGCACAUGUUCCAGUGGGAUAUCUGCCGUCUUCACAGCACAUCACAGCAGUGAGAGAAUACUAUAAUGAGAAAUUGAUAGAUAUUUUUCGAAAAUACAGUGAUGUCAUUGCAGGACAAUUUUAUGGACACACUCACAGAGACAGCAUUAUGGUUCUUUCAGAUAAAAAAGGAAGUCCAGUAAAUUCUUUGUUUGUGGCUCCUGCUGUUACACCAGUGAAGAGUGUUUUAGAAAAACAGACCAACAAUCCUGGUAUCAGACUAUUUCAGUAUGAUCCUCGUGAUUAUAAAUUAUUGGAUAUGUUGCAGUAUUACUUGAAUCUUACAGAGGCGAAUCUAAAGGGAGAGUCCAUCUGGAAGCUGGAGUAUAUCCUGACCCAGACCUAUGACAUUGAAGAUUUGCAGCCGGAAAGCUUAUAUGGAUUAGCUAAACAAUUUGCAAUCCUAGACAGUAAGCAGUUUAUAAAAUACUACAAUUACUUCUUCGUGAGUUAUGACAGCAGUGUAAUAUGUGAUAAGACAUGUAAGGCCUUUCAGAUUUGUGCAAUUAUGAAUCUUGAUAAUAUUUCCUAUGUAGAUUGCCUCAAACAGCUUUAUAUAAAGCACAAUUACUAGCAUUUCACAGUUUUUGUUAAUAGAAAAUGCUGAUUCUGAUUCUGAUUCUGAGAUCAAUUUGUGAGAAUUUUACAUAAAUCGUUGUUAAUUAUUGAGUGGGCAAGUACACUUCCUGUCUUUGCUUUCUUUUUUUUUUCUUUUUGAUGCCUAAAUGUAGAUAUCUUUAUCAUUCUGAAUUGUAUUAUAUAUUUAAACUGCUCGUUAAUAGAAUGAUGGAUGUAAAUUGGAUGUAAAUAUUCAGUUUAUAUAAUUAUAUCUAAUUUGUACCCUUGUUGAAAUUGUCAUUUAUACAAUAAAGCAAAUUCUUUAUCUCUAAA